AUGUAUGUAGAUGUAACAGACGCGGCAGUCGCACCGGCGGCGCCGCGCGGUUCGGUGGUGGCUUGCUGGCGCCAGUGGUGGCUGGUGGCGGGCGUGGGUGCAGUCAGCGCACAGCGCAGCCCGCUCGGCUGGGCUAUGGGCAGCUCGCAGCGGCUUGCCGCGGUCGCGGCCGUCUCCCACGCGAGGCACUACUACAACCACACUCAGCCAAAUGUCGCGCAGACGGAGGCAGCGCAUUAUAAUGUCAAUGUAUUUUUUGUAAGUGCGACCCUAUGCGGGGUGCUGGUUGCAGUGUGCGCAGCGUGCUGGCGGCGCUCGCCCGCUGCCGACAAGCCUGACGACGUAAUUGAGUGCCGAGGAGUCUACACAGUCAGCACUGAUGCUCGCCUACAGGUGCAGGAAGAACUCCCUGGCCCGCCGCCGGCCUACGAAUCUGUCGUCGAUGGUGCCUCGGGCCAUAAGCCCUGCCAAACGCUGCAGGAGGUGGUAACAGAACCCUGCCCACGCUGUCAGAGUACAGAGCUACAAGAUAGUGGUCUACCGUCAUACGAGGCGGCCGUCUUACUACGGGACACCAGAUUAUAA